AUGGCUGCCGAAGGCCAGGAGAUUCCGGAGGAGAUCAAGGCGGACGAGGUUCCGGCCCAGGAAGGAGGAGAUGAUGAGGAAGAAAUUGCGGCAAUGAAGCGACGAGUUGCUGAGAUGGAAUCCGAAGCUGCCAAACUGCGCGAGAUGCAGGCCACCCUCGACCAGCAGUCCGAGAGUCUUCAGGAGAACAAGGAAGAUAUCGAUGCGCGAAGCAUCUUCGUCGGCAAUGUCGACUACGGUGCUUCGCCAGAGGAGAUUCAGGCUCAUUUCCAGAGCUGUGGCUCCAUCAACCGGGUCACCAUCUUGCUGGACAAGUUCUCUGGCCAGCCUAAAGGAUAUGCCUACGUUGAGUUCUCGGAGCCUAGUCUCGUUGGUCAGGCUCUCGUGUUGAACGAGAGUGUGUUCCGCGGUCGCAACUUGAAGGUCGUUCCCAAGCGUACCAACUUGCCUGGUAUGCACCGUGGUCGCGGCCGCGGUGGUUUCCCCCGCGGUCGUGGGCGUGGGGCUCCUCGCGGCGGUGGCUACCGUGGUGGCUACCGUGGCCGCGGACGUGGUUUCUCGCCUUACUAG